AUCGGAAAGCUGCGCAGUGAGCUGGAAAUGGUAAGUGGGAACGUGCGGGUGAUGUCGGAGAUGCUGACAGAGCUGGUGCCCACCCAGGCGGAGCCCGCAGAUCUGGAGCUGCUGCAGGAGCUGAACCGCACGUGCCGAGCCAUGCAACAGCGGGUCCUGGAGCUCAUCCCACGCGUCUCCAGUGAGCAGCUGACAGAGGAGCUGCUCAUGGUCAAUGACAAUCUCAACAACGUGUUUCUGCGUCAUGAACGGUUUGAACGGUUCCGAACAGGCCAGAAUGCCAAGGCCCCAAGUGAGGCUGAGCCAGCUGCUGACCUGAUUGACAUGGGCCCUGACCCUGCAGCCACCAGCAACCUCUCAUCCCGGCUGGCAGGAAUGAACCUGGGCUCUAGCAGUGUGAGGGCUGGCCUGCAGUCUCUGGAGGCCUCGGGCCGCCUGGAAGAUGAGUUUGACAUGUUUGCGCUGACCCGGGGCAGCUCACUGGCCGAUCAACGAAAAGGAGUCAAAUAUGAAGCCCCCCAAGCCACGGAUGGCCUGGCUGGAGCCCUGGAUGCCCGGCAGCAGAGCACUGGAGCGAUCCCUGCCACCCAAGCCUGUAUCAUGGAGGACAUUGAGCAGUGGCUUUCUACAGAUGUGGGGAAUAAUGCAGAAGAGCCCACAGGUGUCACCAGUGAAGAAUUUGACAAGUUCCUGGAAGAACGGGCCAAAGCUGCUGAUCGGCUGCCCAACCUGGCCAGCCCCUCAGCUGAGGGUCCCCCAGGACUCCCUUCUGCAACAGCCCCUCGGAGGAAGACCCAGGAGAAAGAUGACGACAUGCUAUUCACCUUAUGAAUGCGGGGUUUGGCAUCCCGCAGCCCAGGGCCCCACUGCUCCAUACCCUAGCUGGGGCCUCUCCCCCUCCCUUGGUGUUAAGGCUGCUUUGGGGGUGUUCUGU